AUGGACAAAUCACCACUGCGCAGGCUUCCAGGAGAGCUGCGCAACCGGAUCUAUCGUCUCGCUCUGAUCCAGCAUGACCCUGUCAAGCUGGAUUCUACCGGCAUGAACAAGUUCAUCGACUCGGGAAGCAAACGCAAUGUCAAGAAUGCGCUCGACUUACCCUCCACCCGCAAGCAAGUCCGCGAGGAAGGACUGUCCAUCUUCUUUGCCGAGAAUCGCUUCGAGAUCAAGACUGAUAUCUUGAAUGGGGAUGAGAAGCACGUAGCGAAGGCUAUGUUCUCUACACGCAUUGCCAUCGGCGGUUGGCUGCUAUCUCUGGGCGAUUCUGCGCGUCACAUUGGGAAGGUCACAGUCGUCCUCAGUGGAUGGGUGGCAUGGCACCAUUCCGAGGACUGGGUUGAAGCGGCGGUCGUGCGAGUCAUGACGGAGCUGCGCUUUCUCUUCUCGGGCACUUGUGCUGCCCCGGAAGUGCAUUUGAGGUGCAACUGGUCUCACGUAAAACGCCGUAAGAAGGACUUCUUCGUCAAUCCUGUCUUGGCGCUUACGUUCCGCGAUCAUAGCACAGCCCGUCAAGCGUUGUCUCAGGCCUUUGAUGAUGAGGAGGGACUGGUGAGGAGAUCGACGCCUAAGCUUGGCGAGGGCAGCUAUGGGCUGAUAGAUGCCGAUGAGAGAGAAUUGCAGCUCCAGCGGACCCGGGAAAUGGUUGGCAUAUUGACGGCAAGAAUGGGGAGAACCUUUGUGUCAUAG